AUGGGAGGCGGCACAAUCCAGCCCGGACCGGGAGGUCCAAGAGGCCCUGGUAGCCCGCGCAAGGUGUUCUGUUCUGUGAGAGUUGAUACCAGCCUGGACUACGCUGAAAUGAAUUCAAGGCACGCCGAGGUGGCUCCUCUAAAGAAAGAGGCAGCAGGCGCUGAAGAUGAGGACCUUACGAUCCCGCGGGCGGCCAUGAAUAAGAUGAUCAAGGAGCUGCUCCCGAACGUGCGCAUAGCCAACGAGGCUCGCGAGCUCAUUCUGGCCUGCUGCACAGAGUUCAUCCACCAUCUUUCCACUGAGGCCAAUGACAUCUGCAAUCGGCAACAGAAAAAAACCAUUUCGGCAGACCACGUUCUGGGUG